AUGCUCAACAAGGCCCUCAUCGUCGCUGCUGCCGCAUCUGCGGUUGCUGCUCAGCGCCCCGAAGGCACCUCCAUCUGUGAUUACUACACCACUGCCCUGUUGAAGGAGAACAACGCCACCAACCAGAACACUCUUUUGACCCUCGUUGUCAACACUGCCGUCAUUGGCAACUACACACAGCCCAACGUUGGCAUCGCCGUCCCCGGUAUCUUGAACCCCAACGGUACCUACAUGGGCACCCCAGUCAACCUCGUCCCAUACUUUGACGGUUCGUUGGCAUCCACCAACGCUGGAGGCUCCGCCAAGUCCGUCAACUUCCUCGACGACGGUGGUGCGGCCCCUCUCAUGAUGAACAAGCCAGCCAACGGCACCGACUCCGCYCAGUACAUGCUCCUCACCCACCUGUACUCCUACUUCGGUGGCCUUCUCGGCUGCACCAUGGUCGGCAACGACGGUUUCCCAGCCUACGCUGGUGAUGCAAGCCAGUACAAGGUGCACAAGUUCAUGGCUCUUGACGCCAACGAGGUUGGAUACUUCAUCCAGCAGGUCGGCCUUUCCGCCGCCAGCUUUGGUGUGACCGAGGACGAUGUCGCUGCUGUCGGCAAAGCCCUCAACGACACUUUCGGAUACCGCUGCGCACCAGCAGCUGGUGUCAUCCCCAAAGACCAGGUCGAGCUCCAGUCCAUUUGCACUGCCGAGGACUGCCCACUCUCCCCCAACGCCACCUGCGACGCAUACGACAGCGUCAUGGCACCAAUGAGCACCUCGCCAGCUAGCAUGGCCACUGACAUGCCAUCCAUGUCCUCCUCCAUGGGCAUGCCAUCUAGCACCGAGUCUGGCGCUCCUGCUGCCAGCUACACUGGUGCUGCCAACAGCUUGAACGUCAUUGGCUCUUUCGUCGCCGCUGCCGGUGCCGCCGCUGCUUUCGCACUUUAA